AUGUCAACAAAUAAUAAUAAUAAUAAUAAUAACAAUUUCAAUCCUGCUAGUCCUAGUACUACACCUCAUAUUGUAACUGGUAGCUAUGUGUAUCAAGAACAACAAGUAGUUGAUGUUGGCUUUCCCCUCCUUCACCCCGUCCUCACUGUCGUCGAACCAAACCCUGCCCCUGCCUCUGCCACUGAACCUGCCUUGGCUCAACCACGGUCAGCAACUCUUCAGGUCCCACCACAACCACGUCCAACGACACCCACACCUCACCAACACCUAUCACCAUUGAGACAACAACAAACACAGACUCAGUCUAACCAAUACUAUGUUCCAACCAAUGUAGUUGUUCCAGUACCUAGUCACCCCCUUGGAUAUUCUCAACAGACCACUCAUCCAAUGUCUAGUAUGUCAACUUUCUUGGCUAGAGAUACACAUUUCAAUGCAGUUGCUGGUGGUUUUGUUUUACCUUCCUUGGGCUCGGGAUCAUUGAUUCCCAUCCCUCCUUGUAAUGGUGGUACCCAUUGUUUUGGUGGGUCUUGUCCAGUACAUACGACUCAACAAGCACAAACCUCUCAUCCAGGUGUCUCCAAUGUUGGUACUCCUACCCCAACCCCCUCUACUUCUGGCUCAACCCAUACAUCACAACAACAGGCUCAACCAUCUCAUACAGGUGUCUUCCAUUUCAAACCAAAUGUUUCAAAGACUACCAAUGUUGUUGGUAUAUCGACUACCUCUGCCUCUACUACCUCGACUACCACCACUAAUGCUGCUCCACCACCAAAGGUCAGUGUCACCCAACAAGAUCCAAUGCUCGAAGAUGGUGAGAUUGUCGGUCAAAGUAUGUCGUCGUUGUCACCACCACUCCCAAGCCAAACUAAAAAGGUUAAAAAGACAGCAACUCCAACAAAGCUACGUGCUUCAUCUGGUACCAACAGAGGUUCAAGGAGAAACAAUACAUGGAAGAGAUGUCCAGGUCUCACUCUUCAAGCUCAAUCUGCUUCUCGUCAGCCAGCUACUUCACCUCAAGCUCAAAACUUAAACCAUCACCAACAUCUACCAAUGGAGACAGACACCACCGGUCCAAAAUCCAUAUCAAUACCAAAAGAUGUAAUGAUUACCUUUUCAGAGAUGAUUGAUACUUUACAAUCUUUGGUUGCUGUAUUGGAGAAUGUUACCGUUGAUGAUUCUGCAUCAUUUCCAAUUCCUUUAAUUGAAGAAGAAGAUGAUGAUGAACAAGAAGAAGAAGAAGGACAAGUUGAAGAGGAAGUAGAGGAAGGACAAAUCCAAGUAGAUGGACAAAAUCAAGGAGAGACCAAUGGUUCAAAUCCAUCACCAUCAUUGAAUAAUCCAGAUAUCCUACAAACCAAUGGAGAACAAUUCCUCAGAAGAUUAGGAUUACUAUUUUAUAGAUCUGGAAGAUUAAUUACCAAAUUCCAAAAUUAA